AUGAAGUUUGGACAAACCCUCGUGCAGAGGUCCGUACCGAAAUGGGCUCCAUACAACGUCAAUUACAAUGAACUCAAAAACCUCAUCAAGGAGAGAACCUCCGCCGGCGUGGCUGUACCCGUUGACAUCCCAGCCCAGGGAAAGUCGCGGUGGGAAGAGUUGGAUAAUCUGUUGUUCAACUACUUGUCAGCAGAAUACGACAAUGUCACCCUCUUCCUACGAAGCAAGCAAGGCGAAAUCGAAAGGCGCCUUGCCCAUGUCGAAAAGCAAAUCGGCAUAGCACGACGGGCGGUGCAGGACAACGCGCUGGACAAACCCAUACUGCAGGCCCGCAAGUACCGGCAGCUGGCCAAGGAUAUUGAAGAGAUAGGCGAUGAGAUACAAAACCUCGCACGCUACGCUGCUGUACAGCGAACCGCUUUCCGCAAGAUACUCAAGAAGUACCGCAAGUGGACAGGCUCCACGUCGUUGCAGACUCGAUUGGACGUUGAAGUAUUCUCAUCGAACAAAUUGCGGACCGACUUCUCGGAUUACCUGCAACAACUGGCAGAGGUCAAGACCAUUCUGACCGACGAGCUUGCUGGUCCCAUGCUCACUGGACGGCGUCGAGAAACUUCCCUCGGUCAACAGCAGAAACGGGUUUCCGCAUCAACAAAACGGUCGCCCAUCGCGCAGAUCAACGAAGCCCUGCUGCGGGGUCCGCUUGCGUUCGAUGCAGCCAUCUCAACGGUGCCCUAUGGCGAGGCUGCUGGCAGCGCUUUUUACUGGAUUCACCCUGAUAAUCUGGACGAGGCGCGCAUGCUUCUGCUCCGGCACAUGCGCGAUCCUGCCGGUUCUGCCACUCAUCCUAGAAGAAACUCCGCCGAGUCGGAGGAAGCCCGCAAAAGAGUCACAUCUUUCUCGGAUGCCAAUUCUGCCCUCAGUCAUAUGGUGCUCUUUGACAAUUCACAGAGGUUUAUCAGAGACACCAGUGUCUCCAGACCGUCACGGAUCGCAUUAAGUGCGCAUUGGAGCCGCGAUCCCGAAGCCGUCGUUACGCUGGCCGGACUCUCACCUACUUCUUCCGCAGGUACAAUACUCACAGUCAGUCGGAAAGCACUAGGCAAAGCCCUUGACCGCGACUCGCUCGCAUCAGAUGCUUCGAACGAGGUGCGCGCCAUUCAUCACUAUCUGUCAGAGCAUAGAGAUGUCAAGCCGCUGGCCGAAGUUUGCAUGAAACGCUCCCGAUACAUAGGGAUGAACAAUACAAACGAGGUUGCCAACUGGGCGACGCUGGAUACCGCCGUCACCGUCGCCCCUGUGCAAGCAACCGAAAUCGGUGAACCGCAGCAUCAGUCGCCUGCCGGCGACGCAUUUCCCUAUGCAAUUCUACACAUCCGCUGGGAGUUUGCCCGGACGCCGACUGUCGUUCGGGCAUUUGAUGAGUCGCACUUGGUGGAGCGAGUUCACGACUUUAGCCUCGAAGACAUGGCCAUUCACUCUGCUCAAAAAGACUUGCCCCCACCCUCGUGGCAUUCUGUGCUGGAGAAGGACAUCAGAAAAGUGCCACUUGUCCCUCGCCUCUCCAGGUUUGGAGCGUCAUCACGGUCCCGGCUGAAUGCCUCGGAUGCCGUGGGGUUGUCCUCGGGCCCGUCGUCCACGGAGGGCCGUCCGGAUAGUGUCUUUUCAGCACCGAUGGGCGGACAGUCUUCCGUAACUUCGGAUGACGGUGGCGUCAUUGGCACGCCCGCCACUGCGUCCAAGCCAACCCCUGAAACAACAAAGGCUCGACGGAAGAAGCGAGCACGGAUCCAAGUUCCUGAACGUGAGUCUCGUCCAAGCAGAUAUUGGAACGAGUUCGACGAUGGAGAUUCGGACGGAAACCCCAGUGACGAGUAUGUUAUCUAUGUUGACCCAGACGAGCCCGUGUUCCCUGGUGCCGAGACGGUCUCCAAGGCCUUCGGGGCCAUGUAUGACAGCUUCAGCAGAGGCACAGGAAAAUUGAUAUCCUGGCUGCCGCUCGCCUCGACGCGCGUGGGACAUACCGCCGACGGAGAGCGGGCACCGCUUCUGGCCGAUCAACUGAACAGCGAGGGAGAUCCCGACUCUUCGAGCUCGGACACGGACGGGUUCACUGUGCCACCGCAGCAUCAGCCGCAUAAAAGCCGGCGGAGGAAAGAUGGUCCCAAACGACAAAGUUCCAGCGGCUACCGACCUCACCAGUUGCUUAGUCCUCGACAGCGAGCGCUGGAACGCACCCUGUUCUAUUUCUAUAGUGGCUUACUGGCUCUUGCCUACGUCCUUCUGGUCAUGUCGAGCAUACUUUUGGGGACGGGCCGUAGAAAGGCCAUGGUUGAAGUUGACGCUGGCGUCCUUGCCGGGGUCAUUUUUGCCGAGAUGUGUGCCAUCACCGCUGUGAUCCUGAUUUUCAUGAGGAAGCAAAGGUUGAGUGUUUUGCAUUGGGGACUUGUCGGAGUCAUGGUUGCGAGUGUUGUGGUGAUUGGGGUUGCUUUACUCGCCCUGAUGUUCGCCAACAUUAAAGGCGCCACGGAAAGAAAAGGCCACUCGAAGCUGGCGAGUGGGUGA